AUGGAUAAGUUUCGUAUGAUGUUCCAGUUCCUCCAAUCAAACCAGGAAUCCUUCAUGAAUGGGAUCUGGGGUAUCAUGGCACUCGCUAGUGCACAGAUGUACUCUGCCUUUGAGUUCACCUGCCCUUGUAUGCCAGAAUAUAACUACACCUACGGGAUCGGACUGCUCAUUAUUCCGAGUGUAUGGUUCUUUCUAAUAGGUUUUGUACUAAGCAAUAAAGUGUCAGUGCUCACAGAAGAAUGGAAAAGACCCACAGGGGAACGAAGCAAGGAUCCAGCAAUCCUCCGAUACAUGUUUUGCUCAAUCACACAGAGAUCCUUAAUAGCACCUGCAGUGUGGGUGUCUGUCACUCUUAUGGAUGGGAAGAGCUUCAUCUGUGCUUUCAGCAUGACCUUGGAUAUCGACAAAUUUGGGAAUUAUAGUCUGCUGACGGGGAUGUCGGAGAUGGAGAAACUCAGACUGCUGGCAAGGAUUCCAUGCAAAGACCUGUUUGAAAAUCAGGAAGUGAGAGUGGCAGCGUCAAGAUACAUCAAGUGUAUAUCACAGGCAUGUGGAUGGAUGUUUCUGCUCAUGAUGACCCUCUCAGCCUUUUUGAUCCGAGCUAUCCGGCCGUGCUUUACUCAAGCUGCCUUCCUCAAGACCAAGUACUGGUCUCACUACAUUGACAUUGAGCGCAAGCUGUUUGAUGACACCUGCAAGGAGCAUGCAAAGAGCUUUGCCAAGGUUUGCAUCCACCAGUACUUUGAGAACAUCAGUGGGGAGAUGCGUAGCAUGCACAACCGCUCCAGCAAGGAUGGCAGUGAUGAUGAUGACGAGGAUAACAAGACAAGUGAUGAAGACAGGCUUUUGGGUAUCAGGGCCCAGGAUGAUAUGAAUAAAGUUUUAUGGAACUGGCACGCCUCUAAGCCAGCUCUGGCUCUGAGGAAAGAACAAAUGGAAGGUGAAGACAAUGGCAAAUGGAACGGAGAGGACAACGGAGAAGCAAAUGGGUUUGCAAAGGGACACACCCAUGAAGUAGAGAAAAGGGAGUGGGCAGUGUACUACAGUAAGGUUUGACAACUUCAAAGCUGCCAUUUCAGGAAUUAUU